GUGCCGGUGUAGUAGGCAUGCAUAACGGGCUUCAAGACACGUUUCACAAUCUUAACCCUCCAAGUCCAAUCGAACGGUGACGAUUCCUCUCACCUCGGCCUUGUACGGAAAUGUGUAGCCAAGCCGGAGCCGUUUUUCCCAGAAUUUUUUCCUAAUUUUUAUUUGCGUGGAAAAUUCGUUUGCAGUCAAAUAAGAACAACGAUAAAUGAUAAUCCUUUUUUUUUUUGGUUAUAAUUUAAUCUGCAAACGAGGAAAAUUACAGAGAGCGCAUGUCUUCUGCAACUUCCGAAUCAAAAUUAUCCAGGUCAUCCUUUGUUCCUGCCAACAUUAUCUAAACCCUAACCCUAGGUUUUGUAUAACAGCAUAUAAUUUCACCUUCCGUUUUCCAAUUCUUUUCCUCUUUUGCCUGAUUUCUAGGGUUCUGAAUUCGGCUUCGGUUGCCCCUCUUUUGGGGUCCUUCUGGUUUCUAGGGUUUCACAUUUGCUCUAUUUGAUAUGGUACUUGGUUUCUUUUUUAUUGAAUGAGUUUCAGAGAGUAUCUUCCCUGAAUUUCUUGGUUUUUAGGGUUGUAGUUUGUCCCGGUUGAGGUGGCGUCUAGUUUUGAUCUCCUUCUUAGAGUCUGAGAAUAAAUUGUCUUUCCAUAAUUUGUUGGUCUUUAGAGUUAUAGUUUGGCCCCGUUUGGUUUGCCCUUGGUUUGGGGUUUCUAGGGUUUCAAAUUUGCUAUCUCUUUAAAAUUUUUGAUCUCUCUCUCUCUCUUAUGUAAAGAGUUUCAGAUUAGAGACUCUUUUCGGUUUUUAGGGUUUGGCUUGGAAAAGUUGCUCUCUGAGCAAUUGGGAUCUUUGGACAGAAUACCAUGUUGGUUGUUGCAUUACGAGAAAAUUAAGUUUUUUAGCCAGAGCUAUUAUAUGGGAGUUUAUAGGGAGACGACCUACUUCUCUGCAUCUCGUUGAUCUUGUUUUAUCUGUUAGUUCUGUUUUCCUUUAAUUUUGUGAAAUACAGUGGUUAAUCCUGGUUCAACUCUCUCCUAUGAGAGACGUUUCUUAAGGAGUCAUUAUACGUUAAGAAUUUCGAUUUUAUAAAGCGAACCAUUGCCAGAAGUGAGCCAUAGUAUAGUUUUUGGUUGCUCUCUUGAAGAACUUGAAAGUGGGGCUUUGGAGAAUCCCAAAUUCCAUUAUAUAGAAUUACUUCUAUCAGGCAGUAGAUUACUCAUUCAAAGGGUUCGGUUAUCCCACAGCAUUAUUAUUUUUGAUAUCAGUGCUGUUUGUUCAGUUUUGGGAUUUGAGAGGACCAAAAUAUACAACUUUUAUUGGUAUUUUCGGAAUUUAUAAACAACUAAUUGAAGUCAUGAGGUAUUAUGGAUAGAAGCGAUCCGGAAUUGGCCCCAGAAUGGCUAAGGGGAACCACCCAACAUUCUCUCUCAUCCUCCCAGAGAGGUGAUUCAGUACUUGCACCAACAAGCAGAAACAAGUCAUCUCUUCUCUCUGAUUACAAUUUUACGAACCAUCUAUCUAGAACUUCGUUACCAUCUUUUCGGAGAAACUCAAGCAUUAAUGGAAGCUCAACAUAUGACAGGGAUUCCAAGACAAGUUUGAGGACUCAUAGUAGUAAUGGUAGGAAUAGUCGGGCUUAUGACUUUGAUCGAAACCAGGACUGGUUAAGAGAUAGGUCACCCUUUUCUAGAGAGCGCAGGGAUCUCGAACAUGAAGAUAAUUUAACACGUUCUACUGUUAAACCUGUGAAUUGGGUUGAAACCAACACUUUGAAGAGACAAUUGUCCACCUUGGACGGUGGAAAGAGAGGAGAUGACACGCAUAAGAACCCAGGGAGUAAAUUGGGUGCUUUAAAUGGUGGCCCUCUUAUUGGUGGAGGCCUUGUUAGCAACAUCCGUAAGUCUGCUUUUGAGAGGGAGUUCCCGUCUCUGAAAUCUGAGGAUAAGCAGCAAGCACAGAUAGCAAUUGGGGCUGUAGAUAUGAUCAGGGUGGCAUCGCCUUUGAUCAGGGUGGCAUCGCCUGGCUUAAGUGCUACUGCUUUCAUGGGCUCUGAUGGCUGGACCUCUGCUUUGGCUGAGGUUCCGGUUUCUAAUGGAGUUAAAAGUAACUCUUCAUCAUCGACCCAACAAAUAACUUCUGUGACUUCCCCUUCUUCAGUUGUACAAAGCCCUGGAACUGGUCUCAAUAUGGCAGAGACUGUGGCUCAGGCUCCUGCUAGAGUUCGUACCCCUCCACAGUUGUCAGUUGAAGCUCAAAGACUUGAGGUGCUAGCUAUCAAACAAUCUCGACAACUGAUACCCAUGACUCCCUCAAUGUCUAAAACCUCGCAGGGGGUAAGCCUUUCAGAGAAAACAAAGCUAAAACCAGGAAGAUCCAGUGAAAGGGCUACUCCAGCAGUGAAGCCCAGUACACCUGCUGCCAUCCCUCAACUCCCAGGUUCAUACAAAGGGGCCACAAAACCCGAUACUUUUAGGCCAUCUCAAGGAGGAAAGCUCUUGCUUCUUAAACCAUCCAGAGAAAGAGCUGAUGGCACUGGUAUGUUAAGGAAUGGAAACCAUAGCCCCCCAGGGUUUGGCAACACUGUCUCAGUCGUUUCAUCUACCCGUCCAAAGGAUGUCACAUUGAUGACAGAGGACAAGAGAGCUUCAUCUCAGGCUCAGAACCGGUCUGACUUCUUCAAUUCUCUUAGGAGGAAGACUCAACAAAGUAGUGCUGGGCUUUCAUCGGGCUUUGACAAAUUGAGUAACAAUGAAACAGAGGUUAUACCUUCUCAGACUGGGUUCUUGGAGAAUAGUUUGUAUACUUGCUCUGAAUCAGGCAAGAGAGGUGAGGAAGGAGAAGCCAAGGGUGAAGAGGAAGGCAGGCGUGGGGGCACUGUGAUUUGUGGGUCAGAAGAGGAAGAGGCUGCAUUCUUGCGAUCCUUAGGUUGGGAGGAAAAUGCAGGUGGCGAGGAGCUGACUGAGGAGGAGAUCAGUGCAUUUUACAAGGAGUUGCAGCAGAUGGGGUCUCAGCGAGGAACAGUGCAGCAAUUGAGAUUGGAAUCAUCUACAGGAAUUGCAGCCCACCAUGUUGGCAGUUUGGAGAGAGUGUCAUCUUCUUGUUGGAGCUCUUCGGACUCAGAGUCUGUGUGAUUAGGAGGGAAUAAUUGACCCGGAAAUUUUGAUAGAAAGAGGGAAUGGAAAGGUGAAAAUUAGAGAAUGAGUUUGGCAUUGGAAUUCUUUGUGUUUUAUGCCUUCUUGGUUUUGAGUGCACUCCUCAAUUAUGCAUAGGAGUGCAAUAAGGUGAGUGGAUGUGGGUAUGAAUCCCGUGUUUGUACAUGUUUUCGGGUAUCUGUUUGCUUCAAAGAUGAGGGAAUUUUAGUUUUCUGUUAGUCGAGAUGAAUUACAAUUUUGAUGCUC